AUGGAUAUUUAUUGGGAAUUAUCCGAUUUUGAUAUACAUACUCGUCAACAAGGUAUUGAAAAAUUAUUAGAAUCACUAAAAACUACAACAUCAAAUGAUGAUGAUAAUAAAAAGGAUUCAUCAACUCAAAUUGAUUAUGCAAUUUCACGAUUAAUCAAAGGUCUUGUAUCAAAUCGUAAAUGUGCACGUAUUGGUUAUGCUGCUACACUUGGCACACUUGCAAAACUUACAGAUAAUCAAUCGACAAUACCAUCAACAGAUGAUUUUAUUUCGUCAAUACAAGAUAAAUUAACAACAAAAAAAGAAACUGGUGUUGAAGAUGCAAAAAAUGUUCGUAUUGGUCGUGUACUUAGUUAUAUUGCUUUAGCUUAUACACAAAAAGAUACAGAUUUAUCAAGUUUAUUACCAAAAAUUCUACCGGAUUUACUUUUAAUACGUACACAAGAAACACGACGACGAUUACGAACAUUUAUUGAUGCAUCAAUUAUUCAAUUAGCUAAAUGGAGUGGUCGUAAAUUGUUUAAAAAAGAAAUUUUACCUCAUAUUCAAGAAUUACUACCAACAAAUUGGCAAAUGAGUGAUGAUGGAACAAAAUCAAUCUUUUUGUUGAUUUCACUUGUUAAUCUUUAUCCCAAAAUUAUUGAUCAAGAAUAUUUCAAAUUACAUUGGAAUAGUAAUAUGUUAUCAUUAGGACGAACAACAGAUGAACAAACAAUAAUAAAAAAAUGUUUACAAUCGUUUGAUAAUGAACUCCAUUUAUUAGAACAAUUAACGAAAGAAUUGCUUAUCUAUGCAAUUCAUACUCAACAAUUAUCAUCAUUUUGGCCAAUACUUGUUGAUGAGUUAUCAAAUAUUGGACUUGACUCAAAUAAAGGUCAUAUUUUACUUGAUUUAAUAACAUUCUGCUUUCAAGAACAAGAAAAUUCAAAAUCAAUCAAUACGAUUGAAGCAAUUCUUGAUAAUAGUCAAGUUCUAAUGGGUCAAAUACUUGAUUUAUUAUCAUCAUCAGGACGAAAAAUGCAUCAUCAAGCAUCAAUUGAAUUAUCUAAAAAUGCUCUUGAAAAACUCGCACAUACAAUUGCUAAUCGACCAUUAGAAGAGCGAUUACGUUUAUUUGAAAAAUUAUUAAAUUGUGCAAAUAAAAAUUAUACAUCUCUUAAUACAGUAGCUAAUGCUGUAUCAGAAAAGUUAACUGUUGAUGAAUUAUCAGAGUAUGUUAAAUUUAUUAUUGGUUUAUUUUGUGCAGUAUCGAAAGAAGAUGAAGGUGCUCUUGGACGUCGUCGACAUUUUCUUCUUGAAAUACUUUCAAAUAUAUGUAAUUGUUCAUCAUUCGAUUUAAAAACCAGUUCUUGUGGUUUAUUAUUCGAAAAUAUUCUAUCCAUCUAUGUUCUACUAGCUAAUUUUAAAUUAAAUAAACAUACACCAAAACAGUUACAAGAAUUUCUUCAUGGUCCUAUUGAAUUAUCGGAUAAUACACGAGAGCAUAUUGAAGAUAUGAUAUAUAAAUUUCUUCUGUAUGAAUUUCAUGAAAAUAAAUAUGAACACAGUUUCAAUGUUUUUCAAAGAUCAAUUCAAUUGUUAGAAUCACCUAAACAUUAUUCAGCAUUAUUUAAAAAUGCUGAAGAAUUAAAAACUUAUUUGAAUGAAAAUGGUGAAAAAUUAUUUGAAUUUAUUCGAGGAAAAACGAUUCAAUCAUUACCAGAUGAAAAACUUCGAUUAGCAUUUCAACAAGUAUUUGUUUUAAGUUUUUAUGAUCUUUUUGUUGAUUUUAAUCGUGCGAAACAAUAUCUUGAUGAUUUAAUGACUUGUACGAAAAAUGCGCAUACACAACUUGUUUUGAAAAAGAAAGUUAAAGAACAAUCAUCUUGGAUUGAAGUAUUAAUUGAUAUAUUAUUAUCAAUGUAUACAAAAAAACAACAUGAUAUUCGAUCAAUUAUUAAGAAAAUUUAUCAUCAAAUAGUACCUUAUGUUAAUGAAAAUGCAUUGAAAUUAAUGUUACAAACAAUUACUACGGAAAAUGAAAGUGAUGAUGAAGGUGAAAGUGAUGAAGAAGACGAGGAAGAUGAACAUGAAGAUGAAGAUGAUGACGAUAAAGAAAGUGAGGAUGAAGAGUCCGAGAGUGAAGAAGAAUCAAUGGAUAAUACUGAUGUUAAUGAAGAUCUUCGACAAGCUGUAGAAAAAGCACUUGGUGAUGCAGCAGUAAAAGAAGAUCAAGAAGACGAUAUUGAAAUGGAUGAUGAAGCUAUGCUUCGUUUAGAUCCACUUAUUGCUGAAGCAUUUCGAUCACAAAUUAAAAAAUCAUCAAAUAUAAAAAUAAUUAAUGAAAAACUUCAUCAUCAAUUUCGUGUACUUGAUCUUAUUGAAUCAGUUAUUAAAAAAGAUGAUCGAAUGCGUUUUGUUCUAAUAAGUAUUCGUCCAUUAAUUGAAACAUUAACAAGUUUAUCAAAUACACCAGCUUAUAAAACAAUGAUUGAAAGACUUGAUUCAAUUUUAUGCCAUUUAUCAAAUCGAAAGAUUGGUCAUUCAGACAUGCCAACAACUGAUGAAUGUUUAGAAUUAUUUCGUUAUUUAACAUCAUUAGCUGGAACACGAACAAAAUUGACUACAGAUACAUUAUCGAAAGUAUCGAUGUUUGUGAUUAAAUUAUGUUUACACGUUGGUAAACAAGAGAAUCGUUUAGCCGGUGUUGAAGAAACAAUUUUGACGAUGUAUGAAGGCGGAUUUCUUCGUUUUCUCCAACCAAAAGCACCAAAAGAAAAAUCAAAAAAGAAAAAGAAUAAAAAAACUGAUAAGGAUAAUGAUGAUGAUGAUAGCGAUGAAUUAAGUGCUAAUCAAUCAGUUGUUCAUCCAAGUAUUAUCAAAGAAUUUCUAUUACGUUUUCCUGAAUACGGAACUCGUCUUAUGUUAUUAAUGGUUCAAACAGCUAUGAAAGAAAAUAUCAAUUGGAAAAAACGAAAUAUUGUAUGUGGUACAUUAAAUAAUUUUUUCAAUAAGAAACAAUUAGAUAACGUGGAUGGUAAAUUAUUAAAAUCAAUUAUCGAUCUUCUUGUUACGAUGUGUCAUGAUUCAAAAUCAUCGAAAAUGGAAUCAUUACAUAUUAUAACAGUAUUAACUCAAAAAUUAUUAUUGAUUCGUAAUCCAACAUUAACCGAAAAACAAGCAUCAAAUUUACUUGAUGCUAUUUCAUUAGCAAUUAAAAACAAACCAAUCAAUAGUGAUAAACAACGUAAACAACUUCUGAAUCUUAUACAAUCAUUUAAGAAAAGAUUUAACUUAACAAUUGAUGAAGAAGUUAUGAAUAUGUUAACAAAGAAACGAAAAUCACCAUCAUCGUCAUCAAUAACAAAUAAUCAAUCACAAAAUAAACAAAAAAAAUUAAAAGCAAAUCAUACUGAUGUCUCCAAUGGAGAUAGUAAAGAACCGGUUGUCGAUUGUCGACAAAUGCCAUUUAAAGGAAUUAGUGUUGAAACAUAA